CGUUGACCGGCCGAUUGUCCUUUGCGAGAUCAGCUGCCAAUCAAUCUACAGAUCCUUCCAUGGAGGGGUUUAAUUACCGCAUUUCCAGAAGACUAAAUCCGGGGCUCCUGCGGCAUCCAAAAAAAAAGGAACUUUUACCUUUUCUCUGUAUUUGGGUCAAAAAGGAAUUUGGACUUCUGCAAAUCAUCUUCCUCCUCGGCUCCUCCCAAACAGCCCCGAGGAGUAUUUGAAGGGGCGCGCUCGAUCUUCUGAAAAACAUGCAUUCAUUGUUUUCCUUCUUUUCUGCUAUUUAGUGUUCUUACUUCACUGGCUUUCUGUAAAGUCUCUACAGGUGUAUGUUUCCUCACAAAGAUGAUUAUGGAUCAGUUGGUGAGUCAACAGAUUCCAGUUGCAGAACAAGAUCAUUUUUGCUACCUAAAAGAAUCAAUGGAUAUUCCUCAGAAAUGUAGUGAUGACAAUGUACCUCUCCAUGUCAUGGAUGCCCCAUCAAAUUCAAAAUGUCCAAAUCGUGCUCCUACGCUGGACUCUCAAGAUCAUCGCGACUCUGAUGCUGUGAUCAAGUUUCUUACCCAGAUACUACUGGAGGAUAACUUGGAUGAGAAUGAUCCCAGCAUGUCUUAUGAUCCCGUUGCUCUUAGGGCUGCUGAGAAUUCCUUCUACGAAGCCCUGCGUCAGAACCCUUCAUCCCCUUAUCAAGGACCUCUACUUUUUAACAAUAAUUCUGAAACGCCGCAUUGCACAUUUGGGAGCUCAGGCGAUCGUAGCACAACUGGCAGCACCAAUAGCAGUUUUGACACUGACCAGUCGAUUCUCAAUCCUGAAGAACCAAAAUCAUCUCUGGCUGGUGAUCCUCCCUCUUUCCCUUCAUCAAGUGUACCUAACCUGGAUGACUGUAACACCGAUUCUACUAGAAGCAAGAAGCAUAACCUUCCAGAUGAAAGUGGGAUAGAAGAAGAAAGGAGCAGCAAAUAUUCUGCAGUUCAUGAUGAAGUGGGGGAGGAUGAAUUGUCCGAGAUGUUUGACAAGGUUUUAAUAUGUGCUGAUAGUAUCAUAGCUGAUCAGUUUCCAUCUCUAGUUGGCUGCAAGGGAACACAACAGAACCACCAAGGUGGCAGGAAGAGUCAUUCAAAGAAACAAAAAGAUAAUACUGAGUUUGUGGAUCUGGAGUCGCUUUUACUAAGCUGUGCACGAUCUAUUGCUGGUUUUGAUCAUGGGUCUGCAAUAGAACAAUUAAGAAAUAUCAGAAAGUACACAUCGCCAACUGGUGAUGCCUAUCAAAGGAUGGCUCAUGCAUUUGCAAAUGCUCUUGAGGCACGGCUUAAUGGAACAGGCCCACAACUCUCCGAGGGCCUAGCUCCAAAUAAGAGAACUGGGCUAUUAAGAUCCUUCAUGAUAUCUUGGCCAGUCUUAAGGAUAUCAUAUCUCAUUGCUAAUAAAGUAAUUCAGGAAGUAGCUUCAAAGGGCACAUCACUGCAUCUCAUAGAUUUUGGUAUUUAUUAUGGUAUCCAGUGGGCGACUCUUAUCCGUGAUCUUUCAAAGAUACCCACAGGCCCUCCUAAACUUCGAAUAACAGGAAUCGACUAUCCCGUACGUGGUUUUCGCCAAGAACAACUGGUAGUAGACACUGGUCGUCUCUUGGCAAAUUAUUGCGAACAAUUUGGUGUUCCAUUCGAGUACAAUGCCAUAACUUCACAGAACUGGGAGAAAAUUAAAAUUGAUGAUUUGAAGCUUGUUAGGGGUGAGGUUGUUGCUGUUAGCUGUGGGUUUCGGUUGAGAAACCUAAUGGAUGAAGAGACCGUUGGGGGGGACCACCCUAGCCCUAGGGAUGCAGUUCUGAACUUAAUCCGGGAGAUAAAUCCACAAGUUUUUGUACCAAUGGUGCUCAGUGCAUCUCACAGUGGCCCGUUGUUUCUGCCUCGUUUUCGAGAGGCUUUAUUAUUCUACUUUAAUUAUUUUGAUAUGUUUGACGCUACUGUGCCACAUGAUGACAGCAGAUUGAGGUUUGAGCAAGAAUUCCUGGGACGCGAAAUAAUUAAUAUCAUUGCUUGUGAGGGAAUGGAAAGAGUAGAGAGGCCAGAAACAUACAAGCAGUGGCAUUUGCGCAUUACGAAAGCUGGGUUCAAGCCUAUGCCCAUGAGCCCAGAUCUUGUGAAGAAGUUAAGAGGCAGGGUGAAGGAAGGGUAUCACAAAGAGUUUGUGUUUGAUGAAGAUGGCCAUUGGGUACUGCAAGGAUGGAAAGGUCGGACUCUUUGCGGCAUUUCUGGUUGGGUCCCUCGUCAUUUUACUCAGAGCACAUAGCUGAUGCCCCGAAGAUGACCUCUUCUUAUACGCCGUAACAUCUUUUUACCCUUUGCUGCUUCUGUCUUUCUGUUUUUAUACUCUCAAUAUGCAUACGUUUGUCUAGCUGCAGACGUUCUCUUUAAGAAUUUGGUCUUUGGUCAUUUGAUUAUGGGAU